AGUCCUCAUCAGCCAUCCCAAAUCCGAAAAUCCCCUGCCCGCGAAAUCGCAGAAUCACUACCUUCCUCCUUCUCCCAGACUCCAGCCAUUCCCUCCGCCGAAAUCGUCGCUGACGGCGGUCCUCCUAGUUCGGCCGUUCACUGACAGUGGCAGCCAGUCGCAAGUCUCCCUUCUCGUUGACGUCCUGCUUCGCCUUCAUCGUUCAUUAAAGUCCUGCUUCGCCUUCACCUCUCAAUCGCUCACACGGCAAGUUGCGAGUCUCCAUCCUCUCCUUGCUGACGUCCUGCUUCGCCUUCACCGGUCACGGAGUUAAUAAAUUGGUGUUCCGAAUUGUCCCAGAGAAUAUCAAUGCCGAGAAAAAGAAGGUCUUUAGGUAGACCUGACUCGUUAAGCUCCUUAAAAGCUGAGCUAGAAAAUAGGGAACUUAUCGAGUUGCCCUCAAGUUAUUGCAUCUACAGAGUGCCUCCAUUGAUUCGAAAAAUGAAUCCGACAGCCUACAAACCCAUGUCGGUUUCCAUUGGCCCAUAUCACCAUGGCGAUAAAAGAUUGAAAUCAAUGGAAGAGGUCAAAUUGUGGUUCCUCUGCAACUUUUUGAAGAGAAAUCAACAAAAAUCGUUUGAUGAUUAUGUUUGUGUCCUCAAACACAAAGAAAGCAAAAUUCGAAGCUGUUAUUCAGAUAACAUCUCAAUGGAGAGCGAUGAAUUUGUAAGGAUGGUUCUAACUGAUGCUUGCUUCAUUAUUGAAUACUUUCUUCUAAUGCUAGGUGUGGACAGCUCGCUUUCUAAGCUACCCUCAAUGGAGAUAAGAUCAGACUUAAUUUUAGCUGAAAAUCAGCUACCAUUUUUUAUUCUUGAAGAUCUGUUUGACCUGAAUUUUUCCAAUGGCUGCAAUGUUGGAUCUACAUUUGUGUUUUUUACCUUCUACUAUUUCAAAGGUGCAUUCCUAUCGGGUAUAGUUCCUAACGAAAAACUUCGUGAAGGGUUUACGUACUCAUAUUUUGAACAACACCACCUGCCGACACUUGAUGGUACUCCAAAAGUGGAUCACUUGUGUGAUAUGCUAAGAAUCUUUUGUGUACGGCUUGAUCAACUACCAAGGGAACCUAGUAUCGGCAAACUAAAGCCUGUAUAUAAUGCAAGUAAAUUAGAUGAUGCGGGAAUUAAAUUUGAGGUUAAUGAAGAUGAAAUGAGCAUACUUCGGCUGCAAUAUUCAAAGGGAGUGUUGAAAAUACCAAGAACGAGGGUAAGUGAUUUCACAGAGAUCCAGCUUAGAAAUGUGGUUGCAUUUGAGCAGUGUCACUUUCGUUCAUCAAGAAGCAUGACUGAUUACAUAAUGCUCUUGGGCCAUCUUAUUAGAACAGGAAAAGAUGUUGAAAUGCUUGAAGAAAAAGGGAUUAUAGAGAACUACAUAGGGGAGGAUGAUGCAGUGGCUUUCAUAACCAAGAGACUGAGCAGGAAUGCUACCCCUGUAAACUUCAAUAAUGAUUAUAUCUAUCUAUCAGAAGAAUUGAACAAGUUUUGUGAUAGCCCAUACCACAAGUACCAAGCAAUCUUUAAGCGGCAAUAUUGGAGCACUCCCUGGAGGAUAGCAUCUUUUUCAGGAGCAAUUCUGCUUCUUUUCCUCACUUUGAUCCAGACAAUAUCAUCUGUCAUUGCCUUAUUUCAGAAUUAGCUCCAAAGCUCUUAAACAUGGCUUUCAAAAUUCAAUCUCAGAGUGUUCUUCCAUUGGCUCUUGUUUUGCUGGGCAUGUUGGCAUUUCAAGCCUCAUCUCGCACCCUUCAAGAAGCUUCCAUGAAGGAGAGACAUGAGCAAUGGAUGGUUCGAUAUGGCAGAGUGUACAAGGACGCUCAGGAGAAGGAGAAGCGUUUCAACAUGUUGAAGCAAAAUGUGGAAUACAUUGAAGGCAUUAACAAUGCUAGAACUAAGCCUUACAAAUUAGGUGCGAAUCAAUUUGCAGAUCUCACAUGAAGAAUUCACAGCUUCUAGAAACAGAUUCAAGGGUCUUGUGUGCUCCUCAAUCACAAGGACACCCACUUUUAAAUGUGAAAAUGUGACUGGUGUGCCUUCCCCUGUGAAUUGGAGAAGGCAAGGUGCUGUCACACCCGUCAAGAACCAAGGCGAUUGUAGUGAGAAUUACUCUAUUACUCCUUAAAACUAAUACUCCCUCUCAACAUAAACAUAAUAACUAGAUAACUAAUUUACAAUUAUUAAGGGUAUUAGUUAAAUUGCUUAUUAGUAAUAAUUAUAUUAUGUGUUGGUUUUCCUACAAUACACCAUUUAACCAUUACUCCCGUUAAUGAAAAUUUCUUUUAAUAUAUGCAAUCAGUAGCUUUGAAAAAAAAUAUCGAUAUGGGAUUAAAUUGAGAUUGGAUUUCCAUUUUGAUUGCCUAAAGUGCAUGCAUGUCAUUUGUAGAAACAUAUAGACACAAAAAAUGACGUGGCCCCCAAUAUAAAAAGUGGGCUUACCUUUCCUUGUCCAUCACUCUCUUUCAUUUUAGGUGAAGUACAC